AUGUCAGUCAGUGUGCCUUUCCAGCUGCCGGCUACGGCGGAGAGACCACUCAAAAAGCAAUGGCAUGAUCGAAUGGACUGUUGGAGGGAUGAUCUACACAAUCUCCGCAUUCACGCCUUCUGCCAGCUUGGUUACUUCAUCUUUCUGCGCUUUUUGUACAAAGCGGCUUUCAAUGAGCGGAAUACCCAGUGGCCUCUCUCUGCGUUGUACUCACCUGUCGGAAGCGGAGAGUCAAAUGCAGUGGCACCCGGCCAAGCCCCAGAGGGACUUUCUGAGCGGCAGGCCCAGAAGCAGGCACUUUUUCGCACGUCCAGAGCCUACCGAAGCGCCCACAAUGUCUUAAAGUUGAUCCAAUCGAGCGAGGACAGAGUUGUUCAAGACCUUGUACAACAAUUGAGAGACUGCACGGACCUUGAUGAUACCAUUGAGUCGAUUGGAAAUGCGGAUCUUGUGGUUAAAGGGGCAGACGAAGAAACCCAAAACACAGUGUCUCAAAAUCUCGGUCCAAACCUCGGCGCCACGAAUCAAGAACCGAUCAUAGAUCCACGAUCAAGAUCAGGAUGUCCAACAAGUCUAUCAAACGUCAAGAUGCCGCUCAGCGAAUUUAGUCUAGCUGACGGUCAGAGCUCAGGGUUCAUUGACAACUUGGGCUGUUGCAGUGUCUUGCCUGUCUCUCGCUGGACAAAUGUUUCGGACGACGAUGAAGCGCUGACCAGCCUGCUGCAUCUGUUCUGGACCUGGGACAGUACAUUAUCCAAUAUAGUCGACAAGGGGCGUUUCGUUGCAGACCUAUGUAGCGGUGGUCCUGGGCUUACAAUAGCAAGCCAAAAGGUGUUUUGUUCUUCUUUCCUCGUCAACGCCGUCCUCACUGUAUCCGCUCUGCACUCAGCCAGAAGGUGUUACGCCUUCGAUCCAAACGCUAUCGCUCUCGCCCGUCUUUUCGCAGACGAAGCGUGUCAGUUGCUCAAAUCAGAGAGACGCGUGGGUUCCUUGACUUUCUUACAGGGAGCAUCUAUUCUCUGGUUCGUUACCUGCAACGAGAAAUCUCUAGUAACAUUUGGAACUCAUGAAAACCUUCCGAAAUUAGUCCGGGAGGCAUGGUCAGAGUUGGGCUUCGAAAAGGGCGACUUUACUGUGUUUAACUUUUCCGACAUGGGCACACCAAGUCAAAUGAGGGACUGGCAUACUAUUUCUCACAUCAACUGGGGGUUUUACUGCUUUUUCAUGAAAUGGGUGUACAGGGAAGCUGCCGAGUCAGUUUCAGCGAAGUUCUUAAGUUCUAAGCCGCUCGUCACGAAAAUCAUUGACAAUCAAAGUCACUGGCACGACUUGCGCACACCGAGCCCAAGAACUCAUAUCUUCGAGGCACCCUAUCAAUUAGAGGUCUUUGGUUUGAAAUAUUCCCUCUACCAAAUCAUGGAAGAGUCUAUCAGUGCGGUUCCGCUAGACCCUGCACGUUGUGUUGCGGUAUACAGACUUUUGCAUCAGUGGAAACUAGCCUUGCCGGAUCAUCUCGAUAUGGGCAAUAGCAUCGCUUCAUCGGUUCUUUCACUCCAUGUGAGCUACGAAUCCAUCGCCUUGAAGGUCGUUACUAUCUACGAAAGUAACAGUACUACGCCUUACCUGGACGGUUGGGACGCCGGGUCUCUUCAGCUCCACCACGCAAAGUCUAUGGUAAUCCUUCUCUGGACUUAUCGGUGUCUUUAUGACACCAAGUUCGAUCGCUGGGCCGCCAAUCAAUGCUCCGUUGUGAUCCGGAUUCUACUACUUGUGUACGCUUCGAAUAUUACAUUAUUCGCCAUAUACGACAUCAUAAGCAAGGCUCACUUUAUCCUGAACGAAAUGGCGUACGUCGGAGUCGUCGGUCAUGCAAAGGAGCUGCUGGAAGACAUCGAGAUGGAGGCUCGUGGCCUGAACGUUUGUGUCCCGUCACACGGGUAG